AUGGAGCAAUGGAUAGAUAUAAAUUUAUUUUCUAUUGAAUAAGAAUGCUCGAAAUAAAUUUUUCAAAACGAAUUAUAAAAUUUUAUUUCUAUGUAAUUAGAAAGUCAAAGCUUAUUUAUUAAUGAGAUCAAUUAAGAGAAUAGUUUUUGGAAUUUUAAAAUAAAUGAAAAACUGAAAUACUUUUGCUCUUUCUUGGAUCAAAACUCUAAGUAAAUACUGGAUAGCCUAUCAAAAUAUAACCUUAUUAUUAAAGCAGAAAAUUUAUGCCCAUUGUAGUUUUCACAAUUAAAUAACUUUAUAAUCUCUUUUUUAUAAUAAACUGAUUUGUAAAUUGGAACCAAUACAAUAGCCUAAGAUGGAUGGGUUAAAUUAUAAUUAUUUGAUAGCUCUGUAAAAUAACAGAGUAAUUGCUAAGCAUUUGCCUUCAAUAAAUCUGGAACCCGAAUGGUAUCUUGA